CCUGAGGCGGGCGCGUCGCGGAGGCCUGCGCGGCCAUGGCGCUCCCGCUCGCAGCUCUGCGCGUCCUGUUGGGCGGCUUCUUCGCGCUCACGGGGGCGGCCAAGCUCUCGGAGCAGAUCUCGGCUCCGGUGUCAGAGCAGAUGAAAGCCCUGUUCGUGCAGUUCGCUGAGGUGUUUCCACUGAAGGUGUUCGGCUACCAGCCAGAUCCCAUGAGCUACCAAGUGGCUGUGGGCUGGCUGGAACUGCUAGCUGGGUUGCUGCUGGUCCUGGGCCCACCGAUGCUGCAAGAGAUCAGCAACUUGCUUUUGACACUGCUCAUGAUGGGGGCUAUCUUCACUUUGGUGUCUCUGAAAGAAUCACUGAACACCUGCAUCCCAGCCAUCGUCUGCCUGGGGCUCCUGCUGCUGCUGGAUAUCUGCUAGCUCUUAGUCCAAACUAAAAAGAUGUUCAGACACCCUAGGA